GGAUCACAUGAGAGCAUAAGAGGUAGUGUGUGGACAACACUGUGAACAAAGCCAUAAAAAUUAUGGUAAGAUCACCAUAAAAGACAAUGAUUACCUCAAGACGUUCAUCUCUUAGCUUGUUGGAUCCAGAAAAAGGAAAAGUUUACAGAUUCAGGACAUCUAAAUACACACUAUCAUUUCAGUUGAACAUCAAAAGAUGCUUGCUGUUAGGGUGUGCUGUGAUGGUGUUAAUUCUGAUUCUGAAUCUGACUCUGGGCACGGACUCUCCGGUCACAGACUCUCCGGUCACAGACUCUCCGGUCACGAACUCUCCGGUCACGGACUCUCCGGUCACGGACUCUCCGGUCACGGACUCUCCGGUCACAAACUCUCCGGUCACAAACUCUUUGGUCACAAACUCUUCGGUCACGGAAAGCCCCCCAUAUAAAUGCUUUUCUAAGGCAGCAGUGGCUGCAGAUGCUGGGAGAUGCUCUAAGGUCGGGAGGGACAUUUUGAAGAAGAAGAAUGGUUCAGCAGUUGAUGCCGCUAUUGCUACUCUGUUGUGUGUCGGUCUGUUUAAUCCUCACAGUAUGGGAAUAGGAGGAGGAGUGGUGUUCACCAUAUACAAUGCAUCUACAAAAAAGGUGGAGGUGAUUGAUGCUAGAGAAACUGCUCCAAAGAAUGUUUCAGCAAAUAUGUUUGACAAAGACCCCCAAAAAGCAGUAUCAGGUGGAUUGUCCAUUGGUGUUCCAGGAUUCAUCCGUGGUAUUGAGAUGGCACACAAUAGGCAUGGAAGACUAAAAUGGACUGAACUGUUUGAGCCUAGUAUAAAAUUGGCACGAGAGGGUGUUGAAGUCGGAGAAGCCCUGGCUGAAGCCAUCAAAAACAAUAUCUCGAUAACAGAUGACCAAACAUUGUAUAAUUUUUUCAACAAUACAAAGAAAAAUGAUAUGAUUAAGUUUCCCGAACUAGCUGACACAUAUGAGACAAUAUCAAAACAUGGGCCAGCUGCUUUUUACAACGGAUCCCUGACCAAAAAUAUAGUAAAGGACAUCCAGCGCGCAGGAGGGAAUAUAACUUUUGAGGAUCUACAGGGAUAUAAAGCAAGGAAUGAGUACGCAUUAAACUUUACUGUGGGGAAUUACACAUUUCAUGUUCCUACUGUUCCAUUUGGUGGACCUGUGCUUGCACUAAUACUCAACAUACUCAGUGGUUACAACUUCUCAAAUAACAGCAUGUUGACAACUGAGGAUAAGAUUUUGACCUAUCAUCGCAUAGCAGAGGCUUUAAGAUUCACUUACGAUCCAAAGCAUAAACUGGGAGAUCCCAAUAAAAACAACUCUGAAGUCAAUCAGGAAAUUAAAAAUUAUGUUAAAAACAUGAUCUCAAAAGAGUUUGCAGAUGAAAUCAGGAAUAAGAUCAACGACAGCACCACCAGUUCAAACAGUGCUUCCUCUUCAUGGGAGGACAAUGGGACAUCUCAUCUGUCUAUCAUAGCAGAAGAUGGAAGUGCUGUAGCUGUAACCAGCACUAUCAAUAAUUUCUUUGGUUCUAAGAUGAUGUCAAACUCAACAGGUAUCAUCUUUAAUAACCAGAUGCAUGAUUUCAGUAAUUCUACAUCAAUAUACAACUCAAUUGAACCAGGUAAAAUAACCCAUAACUAAUGCCUUUAGUUCUUGUUGUUACACUUAAUUUUAGGGGUUAUUUUAUUAUGAUGACUAACAUGCAUCUGAUAAACAAAUACAAAGACAUGUUUAAUUUUUAUGUCCUCAGAACACCUUCUUUAUCAAAUGAGGGAAAUAAAGAUAAUGUAAAGCAAUGGUGUACAACAGUGGUUCCCAAUCCAGGUCCUAGCCCCCUAACCCCCCCCAUCCAAAAAUGUUUUAGAUAUCUCCUUAUAUGAAACACCUGAUUCAGUUCAUCAGCUUGUUAGUGUGUUAAUUAAGGAAGCAUUUCAAACAUUCUCCCAGCUACUAGAGA